GUCACGGAAACCGGAAGUGAUCGUGCAGUGGCGCGUUGAACUUUCAUGAUGUCGAAGUUGAAAACAAUCGUUUGGCCCAAAGUGAUUUUAUUCGGAGACUCCAUCACACAGUUCUCCUUUCAGCCCAACGGGUGGGGGGCAGACAUUGCUAACAGACUAGCGAGAAAGUGUGACGUGGUGAACAGAGGACUGUCCGGGUACAACUCCCGAUGGGCCAAGAUCGUUCUCCCUCGUCUGAUCAGCAGCCACAGCUCAGACACCGACAUCAACAACAACAACGUCGCUGCUGUCACUGUUUUCUUUGGAGCCAACGACUGUUCACUGGAAGAUAAAAACCCGCAGCAGCACAUCCCUCUGCAGGAGUAUUCAGAGAACCUAAAGGAGAUCAUUCGGCUUCUGGCUUUAGCCGGAGUGUCCGCAGACAGAGUUAUCUUCAUCACCCCCCCACCCCUUCACGAGCCAGCCUGGGAGAAGGAGUGUAUUUUAAAAGGAUGUCCUCUCAAUCGCCACAACUCUGUAGCGGGGCAGUACGCCCAGGCGUGUGUCCAGGCCGCCGGUCAGUGCGGUACAGACGUCUUGGACCUCUGGACACUCAUGCAGAAAGAUGGACAGGACUACACAGUCUACCUGUCUGAUGGACUCCAUCUCUCAGAGAAAGGGAACCAGUUUGUGGCCCAGCACCUGUGGGGGCUCCUGGAAAGCCGAGUUGCCCACUUGCCCUUCAUCCUGCCCUACUGGGGAGACGUGGACGCCAAGAGCCCCGACAGCAGCCUGCUCUGUGACCAGUGACCGAGUCGUCGCCCAUUAGUUAGAAAAAAAAUACUGUGGACUUGAUAUUUUGAAGGGAGCCUGAAACUGCACUGCAUUCCUGCUGUGAAACACUGACGCAGCUGUGAUGUGCAACACAAGACCCAAGUGUUAAUGUUUAAAAUGCACAUUAAAGAUUUUUAUUUUGA